GUGUGUAUGGCCAAGCCCACUGUUACACAACAGGUCUCCCUGUUCGUUUCAAGAAGUUUUAGCUGGCAGGAUCCGUGAUAUUAGUGUCGCUCUCUGACUGCCUGCUGUCUCAAGCCAUGGCUGCACAGCUGGUAGUAGCUCUGCUGGCUGUCACCUCCCUGGGUGCUGCAUCUGAACUGGACUGCAAAGAACUGAUUAAGCCUCUGGUACUGGACAGCCACAGCCCUAUCUAUGGGAAGUGGGUGCUUCAUGUGGGGUCAUGGGACGAGCUGGGCCUGAAGAAUGACCUGGUGUCAGUGAACAGCUCCUGGGUGGAACUGUCGGAGUCUGCAGACAGUGGAGUCAUCAACAUCUACUGGGCCGACCGCCUAAAUGAAGAUAAGUGCCUCCAGGGUGUGGCUAAUGCCACCAUCUCAGGAAUCACCAGUCACACCACUUUAAAUAUCAAUGGCCACACUUCAUAUCAUGAUGGGAAAUACUACGAGACCUGCUCUAACUGCCUCCUGUCUGAAGACACCACCCUCCUCCCUGACGGAAAAUCAAAAGGACGGUACCUAUUCCUCUUCACACGAACUGGCAAACUGGAGCCAUCUGAACUAGAGACCUUCAAGAAGCAGGCAGAGUGUCUUAAUUUCUCCCCAGAGUACCACUUUGGAGGCGCAGAUUUGUGUCCAGAUGACAGGGAAACUUCUGCACCUGCUGUUGAGAAUACAGAGAAUGAUGAAACUGCUGCUCAGCCUCCUGCAGAGUAAAGCAGAGCACAGGCACAUCGUAGCCCCCGAACAGUCCAAACAAAUCCAGCUUAACAUAUACUAAAUAAAGUUAUAAUGUGAUCUGCAUGUGAUAUAAUCUUGUGUUGUGGAGAAACUUUUCAUUUGUUAUAAGUUUUAGCAAAGACAAUUAGAUGAUGAUGGUGCCGUGUCAUAUUAGAUCUGUGAGUAAUGGUUGGUGGUGGUAUUUGGUUGAAAUGUGCAGUCUUAUUACUGUGUAGGACAUGUGAAAUCCGAUUAGUAUUUGGUGCACUAGUGCCUGACAAAUGCACCUAAAUGCCUCUUUGUAUAAAAAAGUAGACAACUGUUGUCAACUGGUUGUAUGAGGUAAAUAAAGCAGCUUUCUUUCUCCCUCUG